AGACAACACAUUAGAUUUUUGAAAAGGGUGAAAACCCUAGUAAAAAUCCCAUCUUUUCUCAUUAUUCAAGAGGAACAACCUUAACCCCCUUUGAAUAGCUCUCUCUCUCAUUAUUCAUUUUUGAGAAACCUUCAGCCGUUUGCUUCUCUUAGGUACUGAUGUCGGCCGGAGUUGACCGUCGAUCGGUGAUUGUAUACCAUGGCAGCUGCCAACCUUGCUUCAUUGUCUUCCUAAUUAUGUUGCUACUAUUUGUCGCCAUUGCCGGAGGUGAUGACCGGCCAGGCGGUGACGCCACUGCUACUCUUUCUUCCCUUUCACCUCUCCUCUUAUUUUUCACCGUCACAUCGCCGAAAAUGGCCAAAUCCAGCGAGUCCAAAGGUUUAAAACACGUCGGGAUUUUCAGAUCUCGCCGGAGAAAUUUAUGCUGGCAGAUCCCUUUCUUCCCCAUCUCUUAUUUCUCAUCUUCAUGUGCUAUUAUAAAAGAUAAAACCAAAUCAAAAAAAAAUAGUUUUGUUCGCUGGCUAAACACAGGCAGACCUGGCCAGAAUUGGAAUUUUUUUGGCGACCUCUAUAACGCGAGUCACCGCCGGUGAUUUUGUUCCGACGGUCUGCUGGUUUUCCGGUCACUAUCCGUUUGUCUUGGUAUUUUUAUGUUGUUGGUGGAUUUACUUAUGGUGAACGGGAAUUAUACCAGAUCUGGCCGGAAUCUUGAAUGUUACACCUUUGAUAUUUUAUUAUGAGGAAAUGGAACUCCUAUCUGGGCUAUAGCUACUGUUUUUUGUUUCUUUCGUUAGCGAUGUUUGGUUAUUUUUCCGUUCCCGCUAUUGCUUGAUUACUUACUGUGUUUUAUUUGGAAAACUGAAGUGCAAAACUGUGGGAGACUUGGACGAGGACCUUCGGGCAUCCACACUAAAAGGAUUUCAUUCACUUUGUUGAUCUUACCGUUGUUGCCAUGACACUUUUCUUGUCUUCUAGUUGAUUGAGUAACACGCUGCUCCUAUUCAGUGACGGAGCCACAUUUAACCAAGGGGUGUCAAUCGACAUCCCUUCGCCGGAAAAUUACGUUGUAUUGCUAGAUAAAAUUUUCUGUUUUAUGUAUAUUUACUAUACGUUGACUCCCCUAAACUUUUUAGUAUAUCUAUUUUUUUAAUAUUUUUUCA